AAUGAAUGAAACACAAAAAAAAAAACAAAAAAACAAAAAAAAACAAAAAAACAAAAAAACACAAAAAAAACAAUAAAAUAAAUAAAAAUUCAAUUUUUGUUUCUCUCCUCCGGCAACAUUUCCAGCUCAAACCGCUUAGAUCGGAUCUAAUUUUCUCUGCCACCCUCCACUUUUUACCUUUAAUUUCAUCUGACGCCACUUGGAUUGCGUUUCCAUCAUCCCAGUAAAAUUCACACAAUUUUAGCAAAAAAUAAAAAAAUAAAAAAAAAAUACACAAACCAAAACCCACCAACAAAAAAUUUCUUAAAAUCAAAAAAAAAAAAAAAAAAAUUAAAUAAUAUUAUUUUUUUAAUUUAAAAAAAUAAAAAACACAAGGAAAAAUUUCCAUAUUGCUCAUCAUCAGCCAGCGUCCAAAAAUUUCCCACCUGAAGAGGAAAAAAAAAAAAAAAGACAGACAGAGAGAAAACCCAGAGAAACCCAACAAAGAUAAUCAUAUAUAUAUAUAUAUAUAUAGAUUUAUAUAUUUAUUAAAAUUUCCAAACUUGGUUUGGUUUGAGCUAUUUCAUGCCUGAGAAACCAGUGAUUGUGAUUAUACUCUCUGUUUCCCAAGUGGGUCUGGUUUAAUGGGGAAUGUUACGGGGAGUGUGGCUGCAAAGUUUGCGUUUUUCCCACCAGACCCGCCAACCUACGACGUUACCAAAGAGGAAGAUGGGAGGCUCAUCUUCUCAGGCGUCACGGCCGAUAAGAACAUGGACGUGCAUUUGCUCGACACCAAAGGAGGCAACAAGGUUGUCGCCACGUUUUGGAAACACCCUUUUGCCAGGUUCACCAUUUUGUACUCCCAUGGCAACGCUGCCGACUUGGGUCAGAUGCACGAGCUCUUCAUUGAGCUCAGGGCUCACCUCCGUGUCAACAUCAUGAGCUAUGAUUAUUCAGGCUAUGGAGCAUCUACUGGUAAGCCGUCCGAGUUCAACACAUACUACGAUAUAGAAGCUGUGUAUAAUUGUUUGAAGAAUCAUUACGGAAUUAAGCAAGAAGAUUUGAUUUUGUACGGUCAAUCUGUUGGAAGUGGGCCAACCUUGCACUUAGGUUCUCGCUUACAGAAGUUAAGAGGUGUUGUUCUUCAUAGUGCAAUUCUUUCAGGCAUACGUGUCUUGUAUCCUGUCAAGAUGACAUUUUGGUUUGACAUUUUCAAAAAUAUUGACAAAAUACGAAAUGUCAGCUGUCCAGUUUUAGUAAUACAUAUGAAGGCAAUCGUUAAGUUAAAUUCUUCCUUGUUUCCACUGAAGAAUAUAAUUUGUGAUGUUUCUGCUGUGUUUAUAAAACCAGCCAACUAAAAGUGGAAAAAAUUCCGAAGUGUUUAGAGACUGAGAAGCAUCUGACAGAGGCAAGAUAGAGCUAAUACUCUAAUUGUACGGUACUCUUGUAUUAGGAAAUGUUAAAGCAGAAUUGAGAUUAAAGUAGAAUUGAGAUGAGGAUCAGAAGGAUACCACACAGGCAUUUCUGUAUUUAGGAAGGCUUGUUUUCUUUUACUUUUGCUUUUUCUUUUCCUUCGUUUUGCAUUUGGAGUUAAAGAUUUGAAGGCGAUUUUGAUUAGGGCCCUGCAAAUAGUUGAAUGAUGAAUACAAAAUAUUUCAAAUUAGUCACUUGUAAUCUGGUCAGAACUGAUCUCCUACCAAGUCAUAUUACAACAGAUGCCAAGCCCAUGCACAAUGCGAAAAUCAUUUCAUUUUCAGGGGACAGACCACCCUUUGCAUAUAAGGAAUUGUAUGACUAUCAAACAAUGAGAAAUAUUAUCUUUGCAGACGAAUAUAGAUUUUUUUUUCUCCUUU